AUGAAAGUGCACUGCUUGGCUCUUCUGGUUUUGUCACUCUCAGCGACAAGUGUACAGGCCUUAUGGAGGGUAAAACUGAAGAAAAUGCCCUCCAUACGAGAAAACCUGAAGGAAAUGGGUGUCACACCAGCUCAAGUGUUUUCUGAGAUUAUGCCCAAAUAUGAUGAACCAUCACCCAAAAACGGCACAGCUCCAACACCUCUGAUCAACUACUUAGAUACUCAAUACUUUGGUGAGAUAAGUAUUGGUUCACCAGCUCAGAUGUUCAAUGUUGUUUUUGACACGGGUUCUGCCAACCUCUGGGUUCCUUCACACAGCUGUUCUCCUUUAUACACAGCCUGCUUUACACACAACAGGUACGAUGCUUCCAAAUCCCUCACGCAUAUUUACAACGGCACGGGAUUCUCCAUCCAGUAUGCUUCUGGAAACGUCCGGGGAUUUCUGAGCGAGGAUGUGGUUGUAGUGGGUGGUAUCCCGGUGGUGCAGGUUUUUGCAGAGGCCACAGCUCUUCCUGCGAUCCCGUUCAUCUUUGCCAAGUUUGAUGGAGUGUUAGGGAUGGGAUAUCCAGAUGUAGCCAUUGAUGGAAUUACACCUGUGUUUGAUCGCAUCAUGUCUCAACAUGUUCUGAAACAGAACGUCUUCUCUGUGUACUACAGCAGGGACCCAACACACAUCCCUGGUGGAGAACUAGUGCUGGGGGGCACAGACCCGAACUACCACACUGGAUCCUUCCACUAUAUGAAUACCAAAGAGGAAGGCAAGUGGGAGGUCGUUAUGAAGGGAGUGUCUGUGGGUGCAGAUAUGUUGUUUUGCAUGGACGGCUGUACUGCUGUUAUUGAUACAGGCUCCUCCUACAUCACAGGCCCCGCCUCCUCCAUUUCCAUUCUGAUGAAAACAAUCGGUGCCGUUGAACUGGCAGAGGGAGGGUAUACUGUAAACUGUAAUCUAGUCAAGUUGUUGCCAACUGUGGUUUUUCAUCUUGGUGGUCAGGAAUAUUCUCUCACAGAAGAGGACUAUAUUCUCUGGGAGUCUGAGUUUGGGGAGGACAUCUGCACAGUGACAUUCAAAGCGUUGGAUGUGCCGCCCCCUACUGGUCCCAUCUGGAUACUGGGGGCAAACUUCAUAGCUCGAUACUAUACAGAGUUUGAUCGGGGAAACAAUCGCAUUGGCUUUGCUCAGGCAAUCUGAGAAACACUGGGUUUUCUACUAUCCUAAAAAUCUGAUUGCUAUUACAUUGCUACUUGUACACAACAUAGGAUACUU